AGUUUAUAAUUGAAAGGGUAUUUAGUUAUCUCGUGGGAUAUUGAAUUUCUGUUAAGUUUCGGCCUGUUUCUGUGCAAAUAACCCAUUUGAAAGAUGAGACCAAGGAUUUAUCUUUUCGGCGAUUCCAUUACAGAAUUUUCCUUUGCUGAUGGCGGCUGGGGAGCCGCUUUAGCCAAUCACUUCUCUCGCAGGGCCGAUGUGGUGGUUAGAGGCUACAGUGGGUACAAUACGAGAUGGGCACUUAAGGUGAUUGAACAUGUUUUCCCGGCAUCAGAAGAACAUGGCGGCGCCGGCGAUCCGCUUGCCUUGACGGUGUUCUUUGGAGCUAAUGACGCUUGCCUUCCAGAUAGAUAUGGUGCCUUCCAACACGUGCCUCUCGAUGAAUACAAGCAAAACCUUAUUUCAAUCGUCUCCUUUCUCAAGAAGCAAUGGCCUGCAACUCGUAUUCUGCUGAUCACCCCUCCACCUAUUGAUGAAGAAGGGCGUUUACAAAACCCUUACAUUGUAAAUCCAUUAAAUGAGCCUGAGAGGACUAACAAUGCAGCUGGUGAUUAUGCCAAGGCUUGCAUUGCUGUUGCUGCAGAAUGUGGGGUUUCUGUGAUUGAUAUUUGGACUAAGAUGCAGCAACUUCCUGGCUGGGAAAAGGCUUGUUUGAGUGAUGGGUUGCACCUGAGUCGAAAUGGCAACACGAUCGUGUUCGAGGAGGUUGUGCAGAAGCUGAAAGAAGAAGGAUUGAGUCCAGAAAUGCUGCCUGCUGAUCUUCCACUUCUCUCAGAAAUAGACUAUAAUGAUCCUCUCAAAGCCUUUGAAGAAUUACGAUAAUCUUCAAUGGUGCAGCUCUCAGCCAUAGCCGCCUGGUCAUGUUAAUCGGUGAGAUUUAAGAAUGUGACUGCAACUUAUUCUCAUCCUAUAAAUGAUUUAUAUUGUUUAGAAUAAUAAUGAUUUCUAUUAGGAGUUGGAUUUUA